AGCGACUUCAUCCCUCACUCUUGACCUCGCCAUCCACCACAUCAAGCAGAUUGAAGGUCGCAACCAUGCAGAUCUUCGUCAAAACCCUCACGGGUAAAACCAUCACCCUCGAGGUGGAGUCCAGCGACACGAUCGACAAUGUCAAGUCCAAGAUCCAGGACAAGGAGGGCAUCCCGCCCGACCAGCAGCGCCUGAUCUUCGCCGGCAAGCAGCUCGAGGACGGGCGCACGCUCAGCGACUACAACAUCCAGAAGGAGAGCACGCUGCACUUGGUCCUGCGUCUGCGCGGCGGUAUCAUUGAGCCCUCGCUCAAGGCUUUGGCGUCCAAGUACAACUGCGACAAGAUGAUUUGCCGAAAGUGCUACGCCCGUCUUCCCCCGCGAGCGACCAACUGCCGCAAGAAGAAGUGCGGACACAGCAAUCAGCUGCGUCCCAAGAAGAAGAUCAAAUAAACGGAUCGCUUUCUUUCGAAGUGGUGGGAGGCGUGUGGGGUGGGUUGGUGCAUCGAAGGAGAUUGUCGAUAUGGGCUGAGAGACGUCGUGCCGAGAA